UGGCUUGUAUCGUUUCCUCAGUCAACCACGAAACCUAAUCAUAGAAAGACAGCAUUUUUGUGCUGUAAAGGUAAAUUUACCUCAAAUACCUUAUACAAUUAUUUUCCUUGAGAAGGCUUCCAUUAGGAAAUAUGUCAAUACAUUAGUGCGUUCUGAAGCAGUUUCAAAGUGAGUUAACAAUACGGAUGAAAAUUUCAAACUUUUAGAUAAAGCUGUAAGCAGAUAAGAGUCUCAUCUCAAUAAUUCAAUCCAAUAGGCUCAUCUGUGGGUCACAUCUUGCGAACAUAAAUUUCUUACGCUCCGCUCCAGCAGUUUAUUCUUCGUUCGCUAUUAUUCAAUUGAAGAUGAUAAUCAAACCACUAGCGAACUCUGACAUCGCUGACCACAACGCCGACCAUUGCUGGCCAUUUCAUUACUAGCUUCUUGAACGUCCUCAAGCAAGCAACAAAAGGAAUUUUGGAAAGUGCGCACAGUCCGAUACCCUACUCAACCGUUUGAUGUCGAAGUGGACUUAGUGGGCUGAUUUGAAGCGGGAUUAGCAGUUGCAUCACCAAGCGCAUGAUCACCACAUACAAUAAAUGAUCAUUAUGCUAAUGGUUAAUGCGAUUGGAUGAACCGAGAUUGCAUUGCCUUUGCGACAAAACGUGCACUUUGCGGAGUAGUAACAUGCAGAAGACAUAUGUGGAUACUUUUACGAAGUGAGUUGAUGUGCAAGAAAGAAAACAGUGGUUUAAAUGAACAAAGUGAAGGCAUUUUUCAUAUGUUCAUCAUAGUAUGAGUUUCAAUCAUAUUCAUCAAUAUGUGUAUUUAUUUUUGUUUUGUUAGAAUAAUUAUGAAACUUAAGCAAACCUGCUGUACUAAAAGUUAUUACAAAUCGUGACAGGUCUAUAUAAACCUUUUUUUUGCGCGUGUGUGCUGGUGUGUCCGUCGAUCUACUAACAACGGUGCGAUAAAACAGUGAACAAAGGAACGCUACCGAAAAAGAAACCGUGAAUCAAACUAAUGUGCAUAGGACGAUGAUGUAAAUAGUUCCGAAAAGGUUGCUCCAGGAAUUGGCUAUCCAGCAUAAAGUGGCUGCGAAGUGUUAACAUAGCCUUGAAAGUUAACAUCAAAUACCAGUAGAUUAUAGACUGAGAAUGUCUACCAAUGUAAAACGAAAAGACAGUUCCAGAUGGCACCUACUGGUUGCCCUGGCCUGCUUUUUUUGCACAACUCUCUUGAAAGACGCAACGGCCAAUGACGAAGAAAUAGUAGCUGUUGGCUACAUCAACCAUGAGGCGCUGGGAAAGAAAAUUCUUCCGGAUCUAUCGACGGUUCAGUUGCACGAAAGUGUCCCGGAACAGUACCGGCCGGCAGCCAGUGGAUUUGAACUACUUUGGAAAGAGCACGUGACUGGAAUCAAGGGAUAUGAUACCGUAAAGGGGAUUCCAUUUACGUUGGUUAUACCUGACAAAAUUGACAGAAAAGCUUUUGAAAAUAGUUCUCCAAAGAUACGAGAAUUUUUGCUAGAACAUGUUAUUCCCGGCGCCCUAAUGGAAGUGAAAGAUCAAAACACCUACAUCAACAUCAACCAGCGCCCAGUUCACGUGAAUCUAUCCUGUAUCGAUAUGCUCAUGGCAUAUGAAAUAAAUCAAAGUGCUAAGGUGCUUACUAAACGUCAUAUUACGGAGCAUCUAAGUUUAGUAUUUAUUGUUGGUAACCUGACCGAUCCAGAUUCUCAAAAUUCAUCGACGAAUAAACUAAACAAGCGCAAUAUUCAGGAGAACAAUCGCUACAAUGAGCCUCAAAGGCUGGAAAUGAAAAACUCAACAAAAGAAGUCGCCAACAACAAGGAGAACCAUAUUGGACAACAUUUGAUGAAUUUCCUGGUUGGCAUGAAAUCGGGGACGAAGGUAUUCCAGCACUUUUUUUCCAGCUCAAAUCUCAGCCAGCUAGUUGAUGAAAGCUCAUAUAUGGUGCUUAUCCCGUCCGACACCGCCUUUCAACGCUGGCAUCCGAUUGAUUGGGGAUUCUACCCAUUUAGUGUCCAGGAGUUUACCGAAACGGUGCUGCGAAAUCAUUUCAUUCGCGUGAAGCAACCGCUAAGAAUGGCCGACUUGCAAAUGUCCUACUCAGAGCAACGUUUCAAGACUCUUGGUGGAGAGUACGUUGUACUUAAGAACAAACCAUCUCCCAAUGUGAACAAUGUCACCAUUUUAUCCGACUAUACGCUCUCCACUGGGGUCGAGGUGUUCAUUUUAUCAGAAGUUCUUUUUGUAUCCGAAGCAAUUGUGUCUCGACUACACCAGAUGCAUAAGGAUAAAGAAACACCACCCCUUUUGGCUUUCCCGUGGUUUGGUGCGCAGUUUCUUUCUCACUCCUUCCUCGCCCUGGAACGUGACACACGAUUCACGCAAAUUACGCGCUUUCUAAACACAGCUGAGGUUGCGCAAUUCAUUUCUGGCUCCAACUACACAUUUUUCGUGCCAACCGACGAGGCAUUCGAGCGCUAUAGUUUUGAUCUGCUGCCUGAUAGCGUAUUUGCUUCCGAAAAAGGUAUCCGAAUGUUGCUAAGCCACUUCGUUCGAGGACGUCUAUAUGAUCGCGAUUUAAAAGAUGGCGAGGUGAUCGACACCGUAGGCGGGAUGCCGAUAAAAGUUCGACGUUUGUUCGACAAUAACGCUACCGUCAACAAUGCGGAAAUCGUUGAGUCUGAGGUAUUUGUUUACAAUCUCGGUACAAUGUACUACGUAGAUGAUGUGCUCUAUGCUGAGCUGCUAAAGGAUGAAGUCCGACAAAUCACCGAUCUUAAGGCUGUUGAACGAAACAUUCCAGAAGGUGGUGCGGGCUCGGUGGUCGGAGUCGGCGCGGAAGUGUACACCACAGAGCAAAACCCAUCGCUGGCCGAUCGCACAACAUCCACCAUACAGCAUUCAUUUUUGGGUUUGCUCACCACGAGUGCCGAUGUUGAGCUGAUCCCAAUAGAUGUGACAGAAUCAAGCAAAUCCAAACGGAACGAUCGCGGUGUUUCGUUACAUGACGACGAGAUCAUUACUCCAAAGGCUCUUCCUUUUCGAUUGUUUUAUGAACCUAAAAAGUAAAACCGUGUAAGAUGAACACGAGAAGUAGAAAAUCAGCAAAUUGUAACUAUUGAUGUGUUCCGUAGUUGAGAUGAAACUCUUCCGAAUAACACAAAAAUAUCCAUACCGAUAAAAUUGUCAUAUUUCCCUAAUGCAAAAUAACAGUGAUGUAUCUAUGCGACCACAUCAAAUGUUUACCGUCACAUGUAGACAUUCGCAUUUUCCCAAACUCCUUAAGAUGCCUCAUUGUGAACCAGGCGCCCAUAGCAGAAAUUAUAUGGAAACCCCAAACAUGUAGAUUGUAUAAUGCAUUGUAGCAUUUGGAUGCGUUUUGCUGUUUAAUGAGUCGAACUAACACUUAUUUCAUUCAUUCAUUUCAUGCAAUAAGAGACUUUACAACCUGGGUACGCUUGCUCAACGAUGGUUGAAUGAUAUAGUACAUUAAAAACGUUUAAAACGCGAUAGAUGAAAUGAAAAAAAACCACAAAUCUAUCGGGAAAAAAUACAAAGCCUAACUGUAGUCAAUAAGCGCAGGAAUCUCAUUAAGUUAAGAGUGGUCUCGCGUUUUAUCUCACGUCAAUGUGAACAACUAUUUAUUAACAAUCUUGUAGUAGUUCUUCCAACAAGAAGUGAAAAAUACUAUUUCCGUUCGCAGAAAUUCACUUAAGAUCAUUCUGCCAACAGAAUGGUGUGAAGAUCUCUGCUUAACAUCAUGGAUGAUUUGCAUGGAAACAUAUCAAACACAAAUGUCCGUAUGCAAUAACAGAUUCUAUUAAUGAAUAUUGUAACAUGCAUUUUUCUGCGCUUUAGGUAAACAUUCUGCCACACAAGACAAAGUGAAAUCGUGUAAUGAUGGAAUCAUGAAAUAAAUAUA